CAUUCGUUCGGGAAUCGGACUAAACUGGUCGGGCAGUCUGUUCGCACUGUAUAGCGGUGUUGUGUGGUGGUGCAGUUGAAUAAGAAUUGCGACUGAAAGAGACUCUGUCUGUGUAUUUAGUAGCCUACAUUCCGUUCAUUUCGAGGGAAGAAUGCACGUGUGAGAAAUGUGUAGUUCACGCUGGUGAUGUGACCUCUUUUGGUUAAAUGGGAAGUUUCAGACGUGUGUGCGAUAUUGACAUUGGAUCAGGACGUUAAAGCUGUCGGUCCUUUGACCAUCAUCUGCUCACAGAAGGAAAUAUUCACAUGUAGCAACAUUACAGAGAGAUUAAUUUCGUUGCGUGAUGGGGAAUGGGCUCUGCACCGAGAAAGCAGGUUCUCCCAGUAGACGAGUCUCUCAGCAGUGAUUCAUCAUCAUCUUCCUCAUCACCACCACCUUCAUCGUUGAAUAAUUCUGCUGUACCACUGAUCAUCAUCACGGCUCCAUCUCGAGAAAACCUUUUGGAAAGGCCAGUGGGCCUGAAAAUAGAGGAAGCGAAUAAAGAGUCGCGGCCCACGAGAAGUCCUGUGUUUGUUGGUCGAGGUCGUUUUGUCACGGGCACAGCUUGAUUUAAUGAGGGGCGCUGUGAGUUUCAGAAGGCAGAAAUCUCCACUGAGCGGCAUUCAAAUCGCAGGACAUUUUUUACGUCACACACACGUCAUAUUCAUUUCAAGGAUUGGUACUGGUACAUUUGGAAAUCCGUCUCCAGCUUCCAUAAAAUGAUCCAAUAUAAAUCCUCGGUAGGCUACAAAUCUUGAAGCCUGGCACAUAUCCUAACCAUCCCAAUCCUAACCCUAAAAAGUAGGCUACGUGUUGUCUGAGUGUUUUUUUUUUUUUUUUUUUUAGAAAGCUGGAUAGUAUCUAAACCAAACCAUAAUAAUAGAAAUGACAAUCUUUAAUAAACAUUUAAUUGAUAAUACACUGUGAAGACUUUGAAAUAACAUUAUUAUUUCGUCUGCUACCCUCCAUGCAUUUUAUAAACCUUACUUAAAUUACCAUCCAUCCCUUGGCAUUAUUAUUUAAACAACAAAAAGAUCAUGAGGUAAUAAAAAAAAAAAAAAUACAAUGCAAACAAGCCCUUUCAAUCAGUAAUAAAUCAAUAAAAAAAAAUACUCUGUCGCUUUUUUAUUCAGUAUUAUAGAGUUAAUGUACUGCCUGAUCUCAUAUAUAUAUAUAUAUAUUUCAGUUAACAGAUUUACAUUUGUGUUGUGCGAGAACAUAAACUCACUGAACGCUGACAGUUGUCCAUAUGGACGAUUAAAUGGGCGACUGUAAGCUUUCACGGAGUUGCCUUCCUGUUGCUACUUGAGAUGUCCUAGAUUUGCUUCUCUUUUGUGAAAACAUAACAUUAAGGUGUAAUAUGUGUUACAUUAAUCAUUGAUCCGGACGAAUCUGGAGUGAUUGGAGAUGGAAAGCACGGCAGAAACAGAUCUAGAGCCGUUAAAGCUGAAAUCUUUAAAAACAAACAAGACGUUUGUAAUACCGCACAGAGAACGGUUGGGGAAAUGCAGGAAUGUGAAGGAGUAUGAGAAGAUGAAUCGGAUUGGAGAGGGAACAUAUGGAAUCGUGUACCGAGCACGUGAUACAAGGACAAAUGAAAUUGUUGCUCUGAAGAAAGUGCGAAUGGAUAAAGAGAAAGAUGGGAUUCCCAUCAGCAGUUUGAGGGAAAUUAACUUGCUGAUCAGACUGAGACACCCAAACAUUGUAGAGCUGAAAGAGGUGGUGGUGGGAAGCCAUUUAGAGAGCCUCUUUCUGGUGAUGAGUUACUGUGAGCAAGAUCUGGCCAGUCUUCUAGAGAACAUGCAGUCACCUUUCUCUGAAGCUCAGGUGAAGUGUAUAGUUCUUCAGCUGCUUAAAGGACUGGCAUAUUUACAUCACAACUUCAUUCUUCACAGGGAUUUGAAGGUGUCCAAUCUACUGAUGACAGACAAGGGCUGCGUUAAGAUAGCUGACUUUGGUCUGGCGCGUGUUUAUGGUAUCCCUUUACAGCCCAUGACUCCUCGAGUAGUCACUUUGUGGUAUCGAGCACCAGAGCUCCUCCUAGGGACCAAAACUCAGACGACCGCCCUGGACAUGUGGGCCGUCGGCUGCAUCUUUGCUGAGCUUCUUGCCCAUAAACCUCUUCUGCCCGGAGCUUCAGAGAUCCAGCAGGUGGAUUUGAUCGUACAGCUGUUGGGAACACCCAACGAGAGCAUCUGGCCGGGAUUCUCGCGUCUGCCGCUGGUUGGACAGUACAGUCUGAGGAAGCAGCCCUACAACAACUUAAAGAACAAGUUCACCUGGUUAUCAGAAGCUGGUUUGAGACUGCUCAACCUUCUGUUCAUGUACAACCCACAGCGCAGAGCCACAGCUAAAGAUUGUUUAGAAAGUUCCUACUUCAAGGAAAAGCCCUUGCCGUGUGAACCAGAGCUGAUGCCCACAUUUCCUCACCACAGAAACAAACGGAGCGGUUCUGUGCAUGAAAGCCAGUCCAAAAGAAGCAAAGUAUGAUGAACUCUGCCUGAUGGGUGACGGCAGUCACAGAUGAUAUCGCAAAUGAGCUUUACUUUCCAAAUGGGAAAUGUGUGUUCUUAUACUGCAAGAUAUUUUGCAAAUAACAUGUUCAAACUUAGACACCAGAUACAUUGUAAAUAAUACAAUUAAAUCAUAGUUAAGUUAAAUGAUGCUGUAGCAUUUUUUUCUUUUUUUUUUGUACAAAGAUUAAAAAAUACAAUGUAA